GAUAUUUGUGAACACUCACAAUAAUCCUUUUGAUGCUUUUUGCUCUCUCACUCUAUUUCCCGCUUCAACCCCCUGUAAACGCCCAAGGCCCCAACAGAGAGAUUUUCUAGGGUUUCAUUUCAGCUUCGUUCAAUCUCUGAACCUCCCAAAAUACGUGUAGUUAGGCUUUUUUCUUUUAAUUUUUUUUUUCUUUUUUGGGGAGGUUUCUCUCUCUUUUUCAUAGUAUUUUUAUAUUCAGCUCCUUGUAAGAGCAAGCUUUUUUUGUGUGUCGCCUAAAAUGGCCGCUUUCUGUACCGUUUCACCGUCCCCGUACGGCCUUUUAUGGCGACCGAAGCUUACAAGGCGUUCCGUUUCGUGCUCUGUUGACUCUCCUCCUACCGUUAUAGGUACGCCUAAAUCUAAAGUGCCACGCAAAAGACGAGGAAAAGCGGAAGGGGCUCGGAAAAGUAUGGAAGAUUCUGUCAAACGCAAGAUGGAGCAAUUUUAUGAAGGUGCUGAUGGCCCACCACUUCGUGUUCUACCAAUUGGUGGACUUGGUGAAAUCGGGAUGAAUUGCAUGCUGGUUGGGAAUUACGAUCGCUAUAUUCUGAUUGAUGCUGGUGUAAUGUUUCCAGACUACGAUGAGCUUGGAGUUCAAAAAAUUAUACCUGAUACCACAUUUAUAAGAAGAUGGAGGCACAAAAUUGAAGCAGUUGUUAUUACGCAUGGUCACGAGGAUCACAUUGGUGCGUUGCCUUGGGUGAUUCCAGCUUUGGAUUCCGAUACACCAAUAUUUGCAUCAUCGUUUACCAUGGAGCUUAUCAAAAAACGUCUGAAAGAGAAUGGCAUUUUUGUUCCAUCUAGACUUAAGGUGUUUAGAAUGAGGAAGAAAUUCACUGCUGGGCCAUUUGAAAUAGAGCCUUUAAGAGUGACCCAUUCUAUUCCUGAUUGCUGUGGAUUAGUUCUUCGCUGUGCUGAUGGUACCAUUCUUCAUACUGGGGACUGGAAGAUUGAUGAAUCACCACUGGAUGGUAAAUCAUUUGAUCGUGACGCUUUGGAGGAACUCUCUAAAGAAGGAGUAACACUGAUGAUGAGUGACUCCACAAAUGUACUUUCACCUGGAAGAACAACAAGCGAAUCUUCUGUGGCAGACGCAUUGUUGAGGCAUAUUUCUGCUGCUAAAGGGAGGGUUAUUACCACUCAAUUUGCAUCAAAUAUACAUCGCCUUGGAAGUGUGAAAGCUGCUGCUGAUUUAACUGGUCGGAAGCUGGUAUUUGUUGGCAUGUCCUUGAGGACGUAUCUUGAUGCAGCUUGGAAGGAUGGAAAGGCACCAAUUGAUCCCUCAACUCUGGUGAAAGUGGAAGAUAUUGAUGCCUAUGCUCCAAAGGAUUUGCUAAUUGUAACAACUGGUUCUCAAGCAGAACCACGUGCUGCUUUGAAUCUUGCAUCAUAUGGAAGUAGUCAUUCCCUUAAACUGAGCAAAGAAGAUAUAAUUUUGUAUUCAGCUAAGGUUAUCCCCGGUAAUGAAUCUCGGGUAAUGAAAAUGUUAAAUCGUUUAUCAGAGAUUGGAUCAACAAUAGUAAUGGGGAAGAAUGAGGGGCUGCACACAUCGGGUCAUGGGUAUCGUGGAGAACUGGAGGAAGUACUUCAGCUUGUGAAGCCACAACAUUUUCUGCCAAUACAUGGAGAACUUUUGUUCCUCAAAGAGCAUGAGUUACUUGGGAGAUCAACUGGGAUCAGACACACCGCUGUUAUAAGGAAUGGAGAGAUGCUUGGGGUUUCUCAUUUGAGAAACAGAAGGGUGUUGUCUAAUAAUGGUUUUACCUUCCUCGGGAAAGAGAAUUUGCAGUUAAAGUAUAGUGAUGGAGAUAAAGCAUUUGGCACAUCAAAUGAGCUCUGUGUGGAUGAGAGACUAAGAAUCGCAUUAGAUGGCAUAAUUGUGGUCAGCAUGGAAGUUUUACGUCCUGAGACUGUAGAAGGUGUGGUUGAGAAUAGCUUAAAAGGAAAAAUACGAAUAACUACACGAUGUUUAUGGCUUGACAAAGGAAAGCUUUUAGAUGCACUCCAUAAAGCUGCCCAUGCUGCACUUUCGAGCUGCCCAGUGAAUUGUCCUCUAGCUCAUAUGGAAAGAACAGUGUCUGAGGUGUUGAGGAAGUUGGUAAGGAAGUAUAGUGGUAAAAGGCCUGAAGUGAUUGCCAUUGCUGUGGAGAACCAUGCAGCAGUUCUUUCUGAUGAGCUAAGUGCAAGACUAUCUGGCAAGUCCCAUGUUGGUAAUGAGGCAUCAAGACUGAGAAAAAUGAUUGAUGAACGUCCAAAUAAGAAUAGGUCAAAUAGAUUGCAAGCAGAUGAAGGCAAAGGCAAUAUCCAUUUGGAGAGCAAGUCACAAGAGUUUGGAGGUGACGCCAUUGAAUUUCAGGGACUACUAUCUGAGGAGGAUACUGCAACUACUAGUUCCAGUUUAGACAAACUAUCCUUUGAUUCAGAGGAGUCGGAUGAUUUCUGGAAAUCAUUCAUUGAGUCAUCAUCACCCAUUGACAAAGUAAUAAAAGAUAAAAAUGGUCAUGUACCCCAACAAGAAAAUAUUCCAAUGCCUGAGAAAGAUGGUGAUGAGGGCAGUGAAAUUCCAAAACCUCAACCGAAGUCUUCCAAGUCUGUCAAACGUAAUAAAUGGAAACCUGAAGAGAUUAAGAAGCUGAUUGAGAUGCGUGGUGAACUGGAUGGCAGAUUUCAAGUUGUGAAGGGGAGAAUGGCUCUGUGGGAAGAGAUAUCCACAAAUUUGUUGGCUGAAGGGUUUAAUCGGAGCCCGGGACAGUGCAAAUCUCUGUGGGCGUCCUUGGUUCAAAAAUAUGAGGAAAGCAAGAGUGAAGAGAAAAGCCAGAAAAGUUGGCCAUAUUUUAAGCAGAUGGAAAAUGCGUUGUCUGAUUCUGAGGCAAUGGCAGCAAAAUGAUUGAGAUGAGAAAUGCAAGUAAUUAAAUUCUUUAAGAGCCUUCUCUCCAGCAGAUCUCUAUUGCAAUAGAAGAUUGGACAGCAGUGAACAAGAAGAUGGAUGGAUGAUAUAUCAUAUAUAUCACGGAUUCAUGGUAUUGAAGGACACCAUGUCAUACAAAUGACAAAACCCAGGGAAAUGGCUCGAUUUUUGUAGCCCCAGAGCCUCCUUGUAUAAUAUAGUUCAAUCAUAUAUUUUAGCAAAUGGUGGGGGUUAAAAGUUUGUAAUGGGGGAAAAUUAUUUUAACUUUUGUAUCUUUAUCUAUUAUAUAUUCUACGUAAUUUAAUGUCAUAAAUUGCUCUC